AUGGCGAAAAUUGAUGUGCACCAUCAUUUCUAUCCUCUGGCAAUGCGCCAAGCCCUGGAUCGCGCAGGAGGUGAUCCCUCGGGCUGGUACACUCCCCCCUGGACGCUGGAGCUAGACCAAGACAUGGCGCGACGAAUGAAGGUUACCACCACCAUUCUCUCCGUCACUGCACCGGGGCCAUGCAUCGAGCCUGAUUUUGUUAAAGGAGCCGCCCUAGCGCGCAGCUGCAAUGAAUCUGCGGCCGCCAUUAGGGACUCUCAGCCGCACAAGUAUGGCUUCUUUGCCUCGGUCCCCUCUCUGUUCGAUAUGGCGGCGGUCUUGAAGGAAAUCGACUACGCCUACACCACUCUCCGUACCGACGGAGUCACUCUGUUCACCCGCUACGGCGAUGGUCCCAAUUACCUGGGUCAUGUAGCCUUUCGGCCCAUCUGGGCUGAUCUUAGCCGUCGCGAUGCCGUGGUCUUCAUCCACCCAACCCAUCCGGUCGAUACGCAGCUCGUCAGUCAAUGGCUACCGCAGCCCAUGUUUGACUAUCCACACGAAACGGGCCGGGCCGCUAUGGAUCUGCUGACUAGUGGCAUUUUGCAAGACUAUCCGGGUUGCAAAAUCAUACUCUCCCACGCGGGCGGAACCUUGCCGUAUUUGAUCUACCGGGCGGCUACCAUGCUGCCGUUGAUGCCACGCACUCUUGGUCUUUCAACUGAAGAGCUGGUGGCAGCUGCUCGGACCUUCUACUUCGACACAGCCAUCUCAUCAAACCCGGUCACGUUGAAGGCGCUGUUCGAGUUUGCCGCACCCGGCCAUGUCCUCUUCGGCAGUGACUUCCCUAAUGCCCCGCAUGAUGCGAUCCAACGCUUUACGGAUUUUCUCGAGGCGUAUGAGCUGCCGGAGGAGACCAAGCAACAGGUAAAUAGCGGGGCGGCAUUAGAGUUAUUUCCACGAUUGAAGAGGAUCCCGGAUAAAGCGAGACUCUGA